AUGGCAACAGCAUUAGAAAAAGCUGUCUUGCAGCAUCAAAACUGUACACAAUCAGACGGAGCACCUGCUUGGCAAACUUAUCUCGAAAUCGUGGAAAUUCCAAAUAAAGGAAGAGGGUACCGAGCAUGCUGUGAUAUACCGUCACUGACAUGUAUCAUGCAUGAUACACCACUUGUCUCUCCUUCAUUUACAAGCACAGCUUUGAUAAAUAAUAAACAAUCAUAUCCUGCUCAUAUCAUGGAAUAUCUCGUCUUACAAGUGCUUGAAAACAAAGAAUACUUUGAUUUGCUUUCUCCGCAAGUAGCUUCCGGACGGUUUUCUCAAGAAGUAUCACCUUAUCCUUCCCGAGAAGAACUGUGUAUAUCAUAUUUGCCGGAUGCCUACCUGCCUCGAGACGAACGUCAAGUCCUUUUACUUCAGCGAGGCUUUGAAUGCCGUUGUGAACGCUGUUCAACCGAACCGAUUUUUGAGAAGGAUAUUCCUUUAACGGCAGAUACAAAUUUAUCGCCAUUAUCUAACGAAAAAAUCAUUCCUCUACGUCAUCGUUAUGAUCAACUUAUGAGUGAUUUUCAAUCAACGUUUGGUCGAAGUACACCUUGGUCACGCUUAGUAUGGUUAAUGGAAGCCGAGGGAUGGUUGACAGAUGCUGGCAAACCACCGUACCAGCUACAUGAAUUUCAUUGGUUGGCCGUGCAUAUCUACAAAUUACUGCGUGAUCGGUACAAAACUAUGUACCUUAGUCAUGCUGGUGAUCGUGAAGCUAUGCGAAAAAAAGUUUUGCAUUAUGGGAAAUUAGUUAUUCGUGCCGAGUUUGCAGUGCUUCAACCGAUGGAUCCUUGUAAGCAAGGAGUAGAUGCAUUUUUAGACGACUGGAAUGAUAUGGAUAUGCCCAAAAAUGGUGCAUGGAAAUUAUUGAAAGAGCUUGAGCCGAAUGCAGAACUUAUCAUUAAACAACUCAAUGAAUGA